CGAGCGCCUCGGGGGUAGAGGGAACGUGAGCACGAGCUGAGCGGGCACGAGCGCCUUGGGGACAGAGGGAGCGAGCGCGAGCUGAGCGGGCACGAGCGCCUCCCGGGGCAGAGGCUGUGGGGCAGAGGGAGCGCGAGCUGAGCGGGCACGAGCGCUUCGGGGACCGAGGGACGGCACGGGAGCUGGGCGAGCAUGAGCGCCUCGGGGCAGAGUCUGCUCGCGUUGGGGACGAGAGCAGUGGGCGCGGGACGGUCCGAGAGCGGUGACUCGGCUCCCAAGUUGGGGUGGGGCUGGGGGGGGUCUCUGAGCACGUGCCCGCUCGUCUGUGAGAGACCUUGGCUGCCCGCUGGGGGCGUUGCCGUGGGAGGGGCGGCUGGGGCUCCCGCGGGCUCCUGGGAGCCCCGGCCGUUGCUUCGGGUCCCUUCUAUGCCCGGCCCCUUGCAGGUCUUCUUUGGGAACGUGGAUGCGUCAGGGAUCAAGGAGAAUGCGUUUGACCCUCCCGUGAUCGCCCGGUUCCUGCGUACCUGCCCGGCCCUCUCACUUCAGCGUGCAGAUGCGCUGCGCGUAAAACUGCUGGGCUGUGAGGCUAAUUUCAGCUGCAGCCUCCCCCUGGGUGUGAAGCAGGGGCCAUCUCAGGCACAGCUCACAGCGUCGUCCCACAAGGCCAGCGUGUUUGCCACCUGGGCCCCUUGGCGAGCGCGACUGAACCUUCAGGGCCGAACCAAUGCCUGGAGGCCCCGGGUAAGUAACGGGCGGGAGUGGCUGCAGGUGGACUUCGGGAAGCUGAUGAAAGUCACGGGAGUGACAACCCAGGGAGUGAAGUCCAUCCUCACCAGCAUGUUCGUGAGAGAGUUCUUGCUCUCCAGCAGCCGAGAUGGCAAGCGCUGGACCUUCUUUCAUCAGAACCACCAGUCAAAAGUCGCUGGGCUCCACAGAACUGGACUGGAGCCCUGUGGCUUUGGGGCCGGCUCCCUAUGGGUGGAUCCUGGAUCCAGGGCAGCCUGA